AUGGCGCCCUCAACAGCAACAAAAAAAGUCACACCUCAGAGCAUCAAGGACGAAAAACGAUGGGUCCAGCGCCUGAACCUCUUCCUAAGCCCCUUCUGGAUAACCGCCGUAGCAUUCGCGAUGCUCAGCGGUAUAAUGCACAGUUGGCACGAUAUGGACUACAUCCUCUUCUCAAUAGCAGUCGCAACACCGCCAAUUCUCUUCCCAGCACUACUAUCCAAAAAGGCCGGCCGUCCAUGGUAUCGCAGAUACUGGUUUAAGCUUAACGUCUGGGUUGUUAUCAUCGUCUGUCUCGGAACUUACUUCACGUCGCACUACUUCUUUGAUCUCAUGGGUAUGCGGUACAAGUUCCCUUUUCUCAUGAUGGCGGAGAGUACGAUUGUGCAAGCUUUGCAACCUGGACGCUUGGGAAGGGCUAUUGUGGUGGUCGCUCUAUCUUACAGUGUUGCCGUCGGAGAGACAUUCUUCAUGUCGAGUCCUCUACUUUCAGAUUGGUUCUACUAUGAGAAGACGCAUUGGAUGAUGACUGUUGGGUCUUUGGGAUAUAUGGCUUUUUUCGUUACAGGGCUCCCAAUGGUUAAUCGCAUUGACAGCAAGGGGGAAGAUUGGCCUCUCAGUCGGGUUGUUGUCGAAGCUUUGGCGACUUUCAUGUCGAUUCUAGUGCUAUUUGAGAUUUGGGCAAAGGUCGUAGGUCCUCUUUGA